CCCAGUUUACGUCAUCUCCUCAGAUAAGGACCGUGUUGUCCAAUCCGGAGAGGCGUGUCUGCGCGGAGGCGGGAUUUCCCAGCGCCAUCUUGCCUGUGGACUUGGAGUCGGCGAAGGGCACGGAGGGGCUAUUGCGGGGGAGCGCGCGGCAGGACCAGCAACCAUGGCAGGACAUGACUCUGGAACACAGCACAAGUUCACUGGUAUUCACAAAUACUUCAAUUCCUACACCAUAACAGGCAGAAGGAAUUGUGUAGUAGCUACAUAUGCAAGCAUUGCCAUGGUCAUCUUAUAUUUCAAACUAAAGCCUAAAAAACAAACUCCAGCGGUGACAGAAAAAUAGUGGUUGCUGGUAUGUGUGUUAAUAUUGGAUCUCGUAUUGCAAUGGAAACAGGAGUUGAUGUACUAUUAUGUACAUUUCAAUAAAACAAACAAAACAUCA